AUGUCCUCAGAUGGUCAGGACAUGACGGAGGCGCUGAAGCUCUCCUGUUUGUUAUCACCGCUCACUAGCACCGACUACCACAAAUGGCUCACCACUCGGGAAACCCUGCGCAUGGCUUCUGAAGGGGGCUACAUGGCCAUGGGCAUGGAGGGCGCGGGCAGAAUCGAGGUCGGGUGUGCUGCUGAUGUCACGCUCUGGGACCUCAUAGCCAUGUCCAUGCUGCCACGAGGGGAUCCUGCCAGUUUGUUGGUGUUUGGUCGUCCACAGCAAGGGCCUUCACAGGCCGGCAGUGCCUUGCACUCCACCUUCGUGCGCGGCCGUCGUGUGCUUUCAUGUGGCUUGCCCCUGGGCUGCGAUCUGCAUCGCUUGCGCGAGGUGCUUUGGAGCCGCACGACCUCACGCCUCACCGGCGCUGCUGCAGAUGCACCAGAAACACGGCCCAGCGCUGGCAUGCAGAGGGCCGCGGCCACUGAGUAUCGCGGGGCAUUGGGCUUGGACGGGCAGAAGGACUUGAUUGGUCAAGGGCUCUCCAUGCGUGAGCUCGCGCUGAAAACAAUCUGGGACUUCCCUGGAAGCUGCCGACCUCCUUCGGCCAUUGCUUGA